GCUGUAUUUGUCAGUCACCUUUGGUCCAGCGUCGUGGUGCUACUGACGCUCCGCAAGCACCAGAUUUUCCCACAUAUUUGUGCCUAGUGGCAACCCGGGCGGCCGCUGUGCUAGAGGAAUAUCGUGGCGUGUGGGCGUGGGGCGGUGCUGGGGAGUUAGUGGCUGUGGGAGUGUCUGGCCGAGUGCUGGCAGAAGCCUGUGUUGAUAAUGUGCUAGCAGCAGAGGCGCCGCUGCUGUGCUCACUGUGUUAAUAUACCUGUGUUCACCCCUGGUGGGGCAGGGAGGAGCACCUCUAGUCCACCAGCGGGCGCCCUCCUCCACCCUGGGCCGCACCUCAUCCACCCUGGGCCGCACCUCAUCCACCCUGGGCCGCACCUCAUCCACCCUGGGCCGCACCUCAUCCACCCUGGGCCGCACCUCCUCCACCCUGGGCCGCACCUCAUCCACCCUGGGCCACACCUCAUCCACCCUAGGCCACACUUCCACCCCCUACAUCUCUGCCAACAUCCGGGAAGUCCGCCGCAGGAUGACAGGUUGAGGAAGCACCCCAUGGGUGUCACUUGCAGAAUAUAAUCCGAACUUCAACAACAACCAACAAUGACUGAUACCCUUGGUCAACCGGAAGUGACGACCACCACUACCUCUUACAGUGUUGAUUACGGCCCCCACACCACCAACGGUCACCACCACGACUCGCCCGAUACGUCAAGACACUCUGUGUCGUCUGCAGGGCAGGACAGCACACAGUUGGUCUCCAGAAAGCAGACACAACACACUACACAACAGAUAACGACGACAACAAAAGUUAUCCGUGAAGUGCACCACAUUGGUCCCGACGGUGAAGUGUUGGAUUCUUAUCAAAGUGGUGAAUAUAACCCGUACGGUCAAGCCCCCCUACAACCCGGCUAUGCCAUGGACUCCUAUCGCCCUCAUUCUCCUGCCAGUGAAGCUGGCUCACGAAGUCGUUAUGAAGGUUACCCACCCACUUCGAAUGCCGGUUAUGAGUAUGACCCAUAUUCACGGGGACCUCCGGCCCGUCAAGAUUAUCCAUAUGAUCAAGUUGGCUAUCCACCUCAGACUCAAGCUAGCUACAGUGGUCACUACCGAGAUGCUGCAGGUAACUACUCUCAGGAUGGCCAGAAAGUGGCACUGUCACCUUCCACUGAAGAGAGAACUAUUCAGCAAAGAGAUGGUCACUCUAAGGAGAAACAAUCUCAGAAGGGCCAGAUCUUGUCUUCUGUGUGUGCUUGUAUCCCUUCAGCUAGAAUUAUUCCCACAUCUUCAGGUGUUUCAUCUGUUUAUGCUCCAUCAGGUACCUGUGUCUCUUCCUCGAGUAUUAAACUGGACGAGACUUCUCGACAUAACACUGGAGCAAAGCCUAAAGUUAAGCAAGCUGUAAAAGAAUGUUUAUAUAGUCGAUCCAUCCACAAAAGUCCAUCUGUAGUCACUACAUCUGGAAAUGCCAACUUUCCAAAUCAUACAUCUGGGGUACCAUGCCUAGACACUAGCCAUAGUCUUGAUUCUCCUUUCUGGUCUGAAACAGAAAAUAGGGAAAAUGUUCAAAGACCUGGAGCCUUUUUAGUACAUAGUGGAUGCUCUGGAAGUAAUGGUAAAGUAAAUGGUGGAAGCUUUAAGACACACCAGAAGCCAAAGACGAAGCUUAAGCAUAAAAAUCUUAAAGGGAGAAAAAUAACUCGCUCAUUAAGUGCAUCAUGUGUAAGUGUUAGUACAAAUACAGACCCAAGGGAUUUUAUGGAACUAGCAAAGAUCUGUGGUACAUUGCCAGGGUGCUUGAAAGUAAAGGAGUCCAGCAAAGCAGUAGAAGCUAUUUUGGAGAAGUGUGUUUUACCAUAUCCUUCUAGUAGCAAAAAAGUCUCGCAGUCGGAAAUAAAUCUUUCAUUAAAAAGUGUUGAUGGGACCAUUUCCACAUCUGCAGAGCCCACUGACAAGAGCCUUAUCUCACAAGCUGCAAUUCCAGGAAACUUUGAAGUGCAACAUGUACAACAGUUGCUGAUUAAUGAAACUGAUGACAAAGUUAUACAAGAAUGUGAUAAGGAAUUAAGUGAAGUGGAACGUACUGCCAAAGGGAUAGAAAAUUUAAGUAUUAGUGGCCAACGUGGUGCUGGUGAUGGCUGUGAUGAUUCCAACAAGGGAUACAUUGAGCUAGCCACAUAUUUACCUAGUGAAAGCUUGCCAAGUGCUACCCAUUUCAAAUAUGAGCAGUAUGGCUGUUUAACUGAAGGAGACUCGUCUAAUGGACAGUUUUACUGCUCUGCACUUCACGCACACAAUGAUCCAAGCAUUUUGCCAUCAAACCUGUGUUUCAGCAAUUGUAAGAGAAUAAUAUCCUCUGAGAAUAAUAGUCCUAAUUUACAUAAUGAUAAGGUAUUUGCAUUUGUGAGUAAGCAGGAUAAAUCCCCUGCAGACUGGAAAGUUAAUAACAGUUGCAUGAUGCAGCCAACUAAUGCAGCAAUAGCUCUUGCUUGUGUGUCAGGUUCUCCCUCUAACUGUGAAGAAGAUAAACACUCAUUUGAGGAAUCUUCUAUUUCUCCCACUAUCACAUUCCAGCCUUGUAACAGUACACAUAAGCAUCUUGACUAUCUCUACUUGCCAUCCCACAGUGGUGAAAGUUGCCUAAGGCCAACUGAUAAUGAAAGUGAAACUUGUGUACAUGUAUUAACAUCCAGCAAUGAAGAGCAGAAGGCAGACCCUCUAGUUUGUUCAGCUCAAGAACAUAUGAAUGAACAAGUCAUUCAGCCUAUGCAAAGAAAGCAAUUGGAGAAAGAGUUUUCAGUAGAGACCUGUCCAGAUGUUGUUCUUCAAACAUUCGAAGGUGAGGGGAUUUCAGGCCAGAACAAAAGUUUAAAGAAAACGGUUACAUUUCUGCUGCCCCCUGAACACUGGGAUUCCCUCAUCUCUCUUAGGGAGAGUAACAUUAGUGGCUAUCCUCAAAGUGGCUAUGCUGAACUAGAUGGCACGCUGCUCCCUCCCAAUGGCGAGGACCCUUAUCGGAACACUCCGUCACCUGGAAUGCAAGGAAUCCCACAAGACAGAUACGAUGGCGGACUUGAAGGUGAUGUCCAUGUUGGGGAUUACCCCGAGGAUAGCAGGUACCCCGGAACUGAGAGUGGCAUGGUUUAUCCACCCGAUAGUGUGGUGUAUGGGAGGCUGCUGGGUGCUCCCCGCUCACCCUAUACCAUAAAUGGAGGGGUGAGGGCAAGUGCCGAGCCUCUCUUACCUUCCCCUGCUAUGUAUGAGGAACAGCCGCCUCACAUACAGCACACUGCACCCUCCCCACACAUCUCGCCGCCAACUCCCUCUUUGCCACCUCCGCCAAUCCAAAAUCACGACAACUAUGCACAUCCCAACCUGCUACGCUCUCCUUCUGCUGACAGCAGUGCUCCCAGAGUUCGGUGGCGAGAUCCAGACCUACAUGAAGUUAUCGACUUCUUAAGCAAUUCUAAUAAUGUGGUAAAAGCCAAUGCUGCAGCAUAUCUUCAACAUCUAUGUUAUAUGGAUGAUACAACCAAGCAAAAGACACGAAUAUUAGGUGGCAUUCCGCCUCUCGUAGCUCUCCUCACUCACGACUUGCCUGAACUUCACCGUAACGCUUGUGGGGCACUUAGAAACUUAUCAUAUGGUCGCCAAAAUGAUGAAAAUAAACGAGCAAUUAAAGAUGCGCAGGGCAUACAAUCACUAAUCAGGCUACUGCGCAAAACUCCCGACAACGAAAUUAAGGAGCUGGUCACUGGCAUCCUCUGGAAUUUAUCAUCUUGUGAGGACUUGAAGCACAGCAUCAUAGAUGAUGCGUUAACAGUUAUUGUUACCCACGUCAUCAUUCCGUGCUCAGGCUGGGAUGGGGGGGAAGUUGAACGGGACCCUAAUGUCGAUGUCUGGUGGUCUACUGUAUUUAAGAAUGCCUCAGGAGUUUUAAGGAAUGUAAGUUCGGCCGGUGAGUAUGCAAGAACGAAACUCCGUCAGUGCCUCGGGCUUGUAGACUCGCUACUUACAGUGAUUAAGUCUGCAAUCCAGGGGUCUUCCCAUGACAAUAAGAGUGUAGAGAAUUGUGUCUGCAUUCUUCGAAACCUCUCCUAUCGAUGUCAAGAAGUUGAGGAUCCUAACUAUGAUAAGAAUCAGCCUCCAACCCAGUCUCGGGCCACUGCUACUGCCAAGGACGGAGAAGGGGAAGGGACGGACACUUGUGGUAGGUCUUCGGAGCCCAAGGACAACCUGUGUGAUAACCUAGGAUGUUUUGGAGGCAGUAGAAAAAAGAAAGAGGCAGUGGGUGGGGCGGUAAAAGAGACCACCACUGGGCAGCGGACAACUGGACCUCGCACAGAACCCUUAAGGGGCAUGGAACUUCUCUGGCAACCUGAGGUAGUGGUAGGACCAUAUCUGGCAUUACUCUCCGACUGUAGUAACCCAGAGACCUUGGAGGCCGCUGCUGGAGCGUUACAGAAUCUUGCCGCCUGCUAUUGGCAGCCGAGUAUAGAUGUGAGAGCUGCAGUAAGAAAAGAAAAGGGGUUACCUAUAUUAGUAGAAUUAUUGAGGAUGGAAGUGGACAGAGUGGUGUGUGCAGUUGCAACAGCCCUCCGCAACCUUGCCAUCGACCAGAGAAACAAAGAGCUUAUUGGUAAAUACGCAAUGAGAGAUUUAGUUCAAAAAUUGCCAUCUGGAAAUACCCAUGACAGUGGCACCAGUGAUGAAACAAUUGCUGCUGUUUUAGCCACUCUGAACGAGGUUAUAAAAAAGAGUGCAGAAUUUUCAAGAUCACUAUUGGAUGUCGGAGGUGUAGAAAGGCUGGUUAACAUGACGCGGCAUCGAGGCCGUUACUCCGUUAGGGUUGUUAAAUUUGCCUCACAGGUGCUGUUCUCUAUGUGGGGCCAUCAGGAAUUACGUGAAGUGUACAAAAAGGCGGGCUGGAAGGAGCAAGACUUUGUAAGUAAGAGUGUUGCUGCACGUAAUGCUGCUUCAGGUGGUGCCAAUUCACCAACAGCUAAUAAUACCCUCAACCGGCCCAUGGCCUCUCAAGGUGGCACUAGGUAUGAAGAUAGAACUAUUCAAAGGGGACAGGCGAAAACUCACCAACGAUAUGCACAGGGUCAAGAAUUGCCGAUGGCAGAUAUGGGGUACGGCAGCAGUGGUGGGAUGGGUCCUCCAACUGGCGGGGUAAGACUGUACCCACCUGUGCAGGGCAAACCAGGGGAACCAGUAUAUGCCAAGGUGAAUAGGGACAAGAAGCGUAAUCGACAGUAUGAUGGUCACGGUCCACAAUAUGGAUCGUUGGGUGGAGCUGACGACUGGGGAGGGCCAGUUUACUCGGGUUCCCCCGCAUCAUCUCCCAACUUUAACAACAGCUCAAAUAUGAACAACAAUAACAACAACAACAACAAUAACAACAACAAUAGCAGCAAUGCCAGCAACAACAAUGGGGUGCUUCUAGAUAAAGGAGAGGGUCAGGCAGGAGAUUCUUGGGUGUGAACUCUUAGAUACUGUGGUGGACAUGUCCCUGCUGCUCAGUUGUACAUCAGGAAAUGGAGCUGAUCAUCUGGCUGCCUUUCCCAUGCAUGUCCUGCUGCGCACUUACUUUCCAAUGAGGUGCCACACAAGAUUACAAGAUGGUUAUGUUCACUGUUGGAAUUUUCUUCCACACUCAAUAUCCUGUUACUCAGUGUGACUUAAGAACAAGUUGCAAAGGGUGAUAAUAAUAAUUACAGUAAUUCAUCUUUUAUGGUGUUAUACAAAGUGAACUUUUGAGUGUGACUGCUGAUGUUUUGUCUGUUACAUUGAUGUUGACGCUCGUUGUGCAUGUUACGUGAACACUAGUUAGUGACAACUCAGUUCUGUUAAACUUCUUACAUGAUGUGUGAUGGGGAAAAGGCAAAAGCUCAAUUUGAUAAGCAUCCCUAUGAUAUAUUUUAUAGAAGCACACGAAUGGUGCCAAGAAACUUUAUUACUUUGAUACCUGUAAAGACAUUAUUGUAUCAAUUAUUAAUCAUAGAGUGUUUAUAUACCUAAGCAACAAAUUUGCUAAUGGAUGAUUGGAGCAGGUCAUGCUCACAGCUGCUCUUUGUAGACAGUUAAUUUUCUACUGUUUCGUACUGACAAUCCAAAGUGUGACCUUUGUGUUGGUUUGUGAGGAGUCAACCUGGCUCAUAAACAUUGAUAUGCGUGCGCGCUCGUGCACACACACACACACACACACACACACACAUACACACAUACCAUAGUCUGAACAGUAGUAGUGUGUUUGUUUAUUCUCUUGUGGUGGAGCAUCACAAUGGCUGAAACUUAGCAAGGCUGACUAUGCCAGCACAAAUUAUAAGCCAGGUGUUUACAAAGAGGACAAGCAUGAACUGAGUGUGUGUCAGAACCAUAGAUGGAUGGAGAGAGGGUUGCAUGUGAGGCUUUGGUGCAAAGAUGGUGUUGCAGUGUUCAAUUCCACAACAAAUGCACUGCUCUUGGUCAUAUUAUAGUGAAUAGGUUGUUUAUUGAGUAGAGGUUAACAUUUAUUGUAUUGCCGUGCCUCCUGCCGGUCCUAGGAGUCUGAUGCUUUGUAGAAGGUCAGUGUAACCUUUUAACAAGACCUUCUCCAAAUACCUUUCUACCUCCCUAAUUUCUUCCAGGUUCCCAAACUCUUCUCCCUGGUAGGAACAUGCAGCUAGACAUCUAGUUCCUUUUACCUUUCACAAAGGAAAAUUUUGCUUUGUAUAAUACACAAUCGUAUAGGUUUUAUAAUUACAAAUAUUUUAUAAUGUGCACGGGGUCAACUGAACUUUGAGUAGCUACUGUGCUGUCAUGUGUUUGUGUAAUAUAUCUUGUAAGAUGAAUGGUCAUAAAUGCAACAAAUUAUUCUAUAGAACACUUCAUCCUAUCUCAACUCAUUGUGAUAAAUUUUAAAAUUUUACUUAAGCAAUUCACUUAACUCGUCUCAAAACUGCUUUAUAUGGUAAGCCUUUUCAAGUUUUUGUUAAUCGUUUUAAAUUUAUUUUUAGCAUUUUAUCAGACUUGCACGUGCAAUAUUGCAUACUUUUGCAGUGUUGGUUGUUGGCAGCAGAGGUGACACUAGCAAGGCUGUGUGAUCCCAGGAACUUUCCUCUGCUUCGCCACCCUACAGUCUUUAUCAUUCUCAGGCUGCUAUGACUCUUAUGGGUUACCUUGAUGUUCAUAUGUUGAAAUAAAAAUUUUGUUAAAAGAUACUGUUGAAUCCAAAUGUAGGAUUGUAUGAUAAGAUGCUGUUGUAUUGUGAGGAAGCCCAAGAGUCAGAUCAGCACUGGCCAGCUCACUUUAGGUUGUCUCACAUUCCAGGAGUAGUUUAGGUGAUGCACACUCCAAUUCAGAGAGGUAAGUGUUGACAUGUGACUUUGAUUCAAAGUUACAUGUAACUUGUGGCAGAGGCAGCAGCAGGACACUGGACAGCAGCUAUGAGGAGGAUUGUGUUAAAUUGUGUUAGCAUGUAACCUUGCACACUCAUAGGUGUAGGAACUCAUGUGACACUGUAUCCUCAGGGUGAGGCUCGACACUUCCUCCUGUUCUAUCGGUAUUGUCUAGUGCCAAUCAGACAGCUCAUGUCAACCAAGUCUGUCAGCUCAAAUGGAGGGGGGCGGAUCAUCUCUACCCAAAUCCGCCUACUUUUCAAAGGAAAUUUCUGACAUGUUUGUGUAUAUUUUCAUUAGCAAAUUUUAGACAGUGUAGUGCAGUUCAUGUCGGAUCAUAUAGCUGGGAAAGCCAGUUGGAAUAUGGGGUCACAAUGUAUCGGUAGACAUCCCAUCUCUUUUUAGACAUUUUUGAUGUUCAUUACAAACAUGAUGCUUUUUUUGUACACUAAAUAUUUCCCUUCUAUGUCCUGUGUAGAGUCUGCUGUUACACUCUUGUCUGAUGAGCAUUUACUUUCAUUUGUCAGCUUGAAGCAUUUUGCAAAGAAUACGGCAGUGACGAAGAUGUUAUUGUUAUGCAUAAUUCGCACAGAUCUAUGUUUGUCUUGCCUUGAUGGUUGCUUACGUUUAUUAUGUUGGUUAAUAUAUGCCUUAUUUUAUUUUCACAUGAUUGAGUAUUCAGUAACAAAGGAUUUCUAGUAAAUGAUAUUGUAUUGGGUAUUUAUACAAUAAAGAGAUAAAGUUUAUAAUUAAUCUUAUUUUUCACAUACUGUAGACAACAACAAAGAAAGAAAUGUAUAAUUA